UAUCAAGAAGAUUGAAUAAUGUUUUCUUUUUUGUUUGUUAAUUCUUCUUCCAUCUUAGUUGGGUACAUAGACCUACUAGGCUAAAGGAAUUAUUUUGGUCUUUACAGAAGGCUGUGGUGCAGUACUUGCUAAGCUUUCUUCUGUCAGUGUGUCUCAGGGCUCUUCCCAUUCUCACUCCAGCCCAUAACCAGCCAGCUGGUUCCCUUUCUAGUGGGAAGACAGCACCUCUCUGCCUAUGUAAAUGUUAGCUUUUCAGGUGUGAGAUAUGCUGCUCUCUGUCCUACCCUUUUCCCAUCCUGGCAAAGCUCCUCCCCUUUGCACCUGGGGCAGGGUCUUUUGCAGCAGCAUUUUUUUUCAGGCCUAAAAAUAUUUUUCUGCCACUUAGAACCAAGAUUUAUGGCUAAAGGGAUGGAUAUUUGAAUAACUGGCACUGAAAGCCUGAGGGUCCUGGUUGAAAACAUAGUUGUAAGUCAGCUAAAAAUUGUCUGCAGUGGAAGGAGAGUAAAGGAGAUCUGGAACUGGUGUUCAGUAGUUGAUGGAACUUGGUCUUUGAGUGAAAGAGAGUUCUAAACCUGAUUGUGGGAGGGGGUUCAGGGAGUCCGGGAUUGAGGCUACAUCCAAAGCUAUCCAUCUCCACAGCUGCCAGCUUGGAAAGCUCUGGGAUCCUAGAUUCAAAUGGCGAACUUACGUCUCUGUGCAUAAUUUAUCAUGGUUGAGUACAACUGCCAGAAGAGCCUGCCCAUGUUUUUCUGGAGCAUGACUUAAGUCAAGCCUCUGUGUGUGGAAUGCUGCUGCCACGUGUGUAAUUACCUUUGGAGGUAUGGGAGUAAGUCUAGGAGCUCAGGGAUAUGAGAAGGGAUGGCAUUCCCUUUCUGCUGCGUAGUUCUGACAUGCUGCAGUGAUGGAGGAGGUUAGACCAGUGCUGAAACUGUGAUGCUUGCCAGGAAAAUCUAUGAUUGCAGAUAAAUGUGUAUUUGCAAGGUCAGAGUAGUGCUGUACUUGGUAGCAUCACACAUGAGGUUGAGAAUAUGUAGCAAGUUGCGUGUUCUCACUCAGCCCCUGGAGUGAGUUGUCUCUCACAGAAGGCUCAGGACCCUAUUACUUUGUGUAAUGGCUCAUUUUGUAAUAAGAAUACUACUUUUUUUAAUGGUAUAAUCCGUAAGACUCCAAUUAAUGAAAGUAAAGCUUCUUUGAGUUUUUAGAAAACCCUUAGCUGUCAAAUGGAUCAUGAAAUUCAUCUGGUUUGAAAAAAAAAAUCUCUGUAAAGCUUGCCCUCUGUCUUCCAUCCUCCUCCCAAAACUGAGCCACUUGGGAUGCUUUUGAGGCUGGGCUUCCUCUCUGGCGUGAUUUGCAGAGCAGCUGGCCCAGAUAAGGAUGCCAAGGUGAAGAGGGUAUACAGCAUGGCCCAAACAGAGAAGAAAGGUGGGCUGCUCCGGAAAUCUUCAGCCUCCAAGAAACCAUUGAAGGAGAAAGUUGUGUUGAUGUAUGAUGAAAUUUUCACGACAGAGGACCCCAGUAAAUGCAACCCUAGGUUUUGGGAGGAGCUAUUUCUCAUGAAGGUCAACCUGGAGUAUCUAGAAGGCAAGCUGGAGGCUCUGGAUGGGGAAGAAUUAAUGAAGAUAAAAGACAACAUCAACUGCUUGUUUCAGCACUGCAUCCAGGCUCUGGGUGAGGAGCACCCAAUCAGAGUGGUGAAUGCAUUACAGACUUUGUGUGCAUUGAUUCGAGGUGUCCAUCAGAAGAACAAAUCCACUUCUGGGUUUGACAUCAUCAACAUGCUUGUGGGUUUUGACAAGGCAGAGCUAUGUAUGAAGAAUCUGAUGGAGAGCUUGGACUCCCUCCUCUGUGCAGAAGGUUCUGAAAGCCUCAAAAGCUUGUGUCUGAAGCUCCUUCUCUGCUUGGUGACGGUGACAGAUAAUAUUAGCCAGAACACUAUCCUGGAGUAUGUGAUGAUUAACAGCAUAUUCGAAGCCAUUUUACAGAUCCUGUCCAGCCCUCUUAGUCGCAGGGAACAUGGAUAUGAUGCUGUUGUCCUUCUGGCCUUGCUGGUCAACUACAGAAAAUACGAGUCAGUGAAUCCCUACAUUGUGAAGCUCUCCAUUGUGGAUGAUGAGGCCACGCUCAAUGGAAUGGGACUUGUAAUUGCCCAGGCUUUAUCAGAAUAUAACAGGCAAUACAAAGAUAAAGAAGAGGAGCAUCAGACUGGUUUCUUCUCAGCUCUAACAAACAUGGUGGGCAGCAUGUUCAUAGCAGAUGCUGAUGAGAAGAUCUCUGUCCAAACAAACGAAGCAAUCCUUCUGGCCCUCUAUGAAGCUGUUCACUUAAACAGGAAUUUCAUCACAGUUCUGGCACAAAGCCAUCCUGAAAUGGGCCUGAUGACAGCACCAACAAGCCCAGUUCCAACAACACCCGUCACUCCACUUGGAACCACCCCACCUUCUUCAGAUGUUAUAAGCUCUGCAGAGCUGCCUUUGGAUGCUGAUGUGCAAACUAGCAACCUGCUGAUAACCUUCUUGAAGUACAGCUCAAUUGUGAUGCAGGACACAAAAGAUGAGCACCGGCUGCACAGUGGCAAGCUGUGCCUCAUUAUCCUGACAUGCAUAGCAGAGGAUCAAUAUGCUAAUGCUUUUCUUCAUGAUGACAACAUGAAUUUUCGUGUAAACCUACACAGAAUGCCGAUGAGGCAUCGGAAGAAAGCAGCAGACAAGAACCUGCCCUGUCGCCCGCUGGUGUGUGCGGUGCUUGAUUUGAUGGUGGAAUUCAUUGUAACACACAUGAUGAAAGAAUUUCCAAUGGAUCUCUAUGUACGGUGCAUUCAGAUUGUGCACAAGCUGCUGUGCUACCAGAAGAAAUGCAGAGUGAGGCUUCAUUACACCUGGAGGGAGCUCUGGUCAGCUUUGAUCAACUUGUUGAAGUUCCUCAUGUCUAAUGAGACUGUGUUGCUGGCCAAACACAACAUCUUCACCCUUGCUCUUAUGGUUGUGAACCUGUUCAACAUGUUCAUCACUUACGGAGACACAUUCCUGCCCACUCCCAGCAGCUAUGAUGAGCUGUAUUAUGAAAUCAUCAGGAUGCACCAGAGUUUUGACAACCUUUAUUCUAUGGUUCUAAGGCUGUCUACCAAUGCUGGUCAAUGGAAAGAGCCUGCAAGCAAGGUGACCCAUGCAUUAGUCAAUAUUAGAGCCAUCAUCAAUCACUUCAACCCGAAGAUAGAGUCCUAUGCUGCAGUGAAUCACAUAUCACAGCUCUCUGAGGAUCAGGUUCUGGAAGUGGUGCGGUCCAACUAUGACACGCUGACCCUGAAGCUGCAGGACGGACUGGACCAGUACGAGCGCUACUCAGAGCAGCACAAGGAGGCUGCCUUCUUCAAAGAGCUGGUUCGCUCCAUCAGCAUCAAUGUGAGGAAGAACCUUGCCUUCAACACGCUGAGCCAGGAGCUGCUGCUGAAGGAGUUCUCCACCAUCUCCUGAAGCGGGGCCGCCGCUGCGCCGGCUGAGCAGACGGGCCCGCGUGGGCAGGGCGCUCCAGCGCUGCGGCCGGUCACCCCUUGCCUCCUGCCUGCGGAAGGGACUGUGUUUCUUUUAGGGGAACGCCUGCUGCUGUGUGUUUGAUCCCAAAAGAAUGUGUUUAAACAGAACUCGGGCUGAGGAGAGGUGAUUGGUGUGUUGAGGAGAAAGCAUUUUUUUAUGGUGCCGUGGGAGUGGGCAGCCAUUCCUGUGACAUAGCAAUGGGAGAUUCCCUCCACAGCCUCAGGGAAAAUGCACUGGAAACCUUUGUAGCAGAGCUGGGGAGAGCUCACAACUGAAAUAAUAAAACCCGCCCAGCUGUGUGAAACUGUUCUGGGUAGAGAUUGCUUACCUGCUCUAUGGGGAAAGCUCUCUGGUCCCAGGUGAGGGCUGUGGCUUUUCCAUCAGCCUGGAUCAGCAUGUCCACCUGUACUGUAAGUCAAAUCCACUGCCAUCCUAUUGGGAAUGGCUCUGGAUUAUAAAGCAGUUUCCCCAAGGAGCAGACCUUGCUCACUGCUGUCUCCUGAUGUCAGAAGGUGUCACUUCAACCAAGCCAUCAGAUUUCUGGAGAAGGGGAAACUUUGCCUCGAAGGCUGUUGGCUUACAGGGUCCAGUGUGAGCCAGUAUACAAGAAUAUGGAUCAUCAAACAGAGCACUUUGUUACUGGAGACCAGCUCUGCUUCGGGUCACUGUUGCUUCCACUGUUUCUAAGGUAGAUGGACAUUUUUAGGUAUUUAGUUUUCAUGGGGCAGAGGACAGGCUGACUUCUUCUCCCCACUCACCUUAUUGCCCAUCAGAGACUGCUUUGUGACAAUCCUCCUCUUCCUCACAGGAACAUCUGCCUUGCACACAUUUGCAGGUGCCUGGUGACCUUCAUAAAUGAAGAAGUCUCCAGUUUUCCCUUGUGUGUAGCACACAGUUAAAGUGCAUCUGGAGAAGCAGUGACUUCGCUCUCUCGCCCUCCUGUCUUCACCAAGGGACUUACAGCCACGGUCUGCUGAGGGCUUCCUAAGGAAGAGCUCUGGGAUGGUGCUGUGGGGCACAGGCAGGCCUUUCUGCUCCCAGAGCCAGCGCUUCAGAGGUGCCCAGAUCUGGCAGAGCCUGUUCAGAGUGCUGGGGCAGGCUCCCAGCUCAGGAAUACACAGCAUAAACACCCGUUCCACAUCUGUUCCCUGCUCAUGCAUUUUCAGCUCCCAGCAGUGGUGUUAUGAUAUUAGGAUCUGACUUGGUGGACUAAAGUAGAGAAGUUAUUUACAUCCCAGAUCCACAGGGGUUUUUUUUCCUCCCCCUUAGAAAACAGGUGUUUUUUUAAAAAGUGCCUAGUCCUGCUCUUAGCCUUGUAGGUUAGUCUGAGUAAUGUGGAUGUCAUGCUCAUUUGCCACCAUUUUUAGGCAAGGCCUUUUUCAUGCUAAUGUGCGUUAAUUGUGUUAAUGUUUCAUCUUACCUGCUAUGAGCAAGGGAAACUGAAAGCUGUGUCCUUGGCCACCCACUGGGCACAACACCCGAUGAGGUCCCUAUGUUUUCCUGGGGAGCACUGGCUUCUCUCAGCAGAUGAUACUAUUCCUCAGCAGGGAAUUGUCUGGCUUUUAACAGCUAAGCCAGACAUUUAUUUGCUUUCUGCCAUGCAAGUGUAUGGGAAUGUGUAUGUGUCAGAGGGACAGUGCUCAGGAGAGCAAGCAGGCUCCAUAAAAUCACUGCUUGAGAACAGGCUAGGGCAUGUAGAGGAGGCAGCUUUUCCAGUGGAAAACAAGAAACAGAUGUUUGCAGUACAUGGUGCUUGUCUGGGGGGGAUAGAAGGGGAUCUCACCCCUGAGGGGGGAGUUCCUUCUCAAGGGGACUUGAGGUGACUGUUGGAGCAUUGAGUUACCCAGCUGUCCUCAUGCCCCCUGUUCUCUGAGCCUGUUUAGGCUGAGCCUAGAUACAUAUGUGAGAGAGUUUGGGAUGAGUCUGCUUCUGACUCGAAACCUCCGGAAUUUUCAGCUUCUCACUCUGGGCUCAGCUGUCUUGUCUCCCUGACGAUGCUCCCUUGCUGGAUCGUCAUAGAAGCCCAGGCAUGUGUGAGAUCAGUUCCUGAGCCUAGCCCUCAUCCAAGUCUGAGCUGGGGAAGACUGUGAUACAUGUCCUCUUGUCACACUGUCACUGAACCAAGCACUGUAAAUGGAUGUACAUACAAACCUAGAGCUCAAUAAAUAGCAGAGCCC